AUGCACGUGGGUGUGUUGUCCAUACAAUUUAAUAAAAAGAGUAUCGAUCGGGUAUUUUUGGCAGGAAUGAGGUUUAUUGCUGGGAGCAGUCAAUUAUUGGAGAAGUUGAAAUUGUUGAUCUUGAUCUUAGCAAGGGAAUACCUUGGUUGAUAGAUGAGAAGAAAAUUAAUUUUUUCAAAAGUUUUAUUGAAAAUUAUAAAUGUUAUUUUUCCUUGACAUCACUUCUUCAAGGUUAAAACUAUAGUUCCAAAUUAACCUGAACUUGAAAACUCAACAGAGUCUGAAAUGAUAAUUUCCCUUUUAAAUGGUUGGAAAACUCGACCCAACUCUUUAAUUAUAAGUCUUCAAAAAAUUAUAGGAAUGCAUGUUGAUAUUCUGAAUUUUUCUUCAUUUGUAAAAAACGUAAUCAAGUCUGAAAUUUUAAUUUCCCUUUUAAAUGGUUGAAAAACUUAACAAAACUCUUUAAUUACUUCUCUUCGAUAAAUUAUAAUAUGUAUGCGAAUUGAUAUUCUGAAUUGUAAAUCUUGUAAAAAAAACGGUGUAGCAAGAGAAAAUAAAAAAGUUAAGAAAAACUGCAACUGAUACUUGCAACAUGUUGUUGAAGUACGUUGGAUAGGAAGUUUCUUUCUUUCGAUCUCUCCAGAAAAUUGCAUCAUUAGUUGAAAUUCUGCUGAAACUGCAUUUCAGAAACAAUCUGUGACUGCACAUUGUAUUUCAAAUUCAAACUUUCUGGCAUGGGCAGUUUUUUAGUAAUCUCACCUUCUCCAAGUGAGUUAAGAUCAUCACCAAGGAUUGUCAUCACAUGACAAAGAGCGUGCCAAUCUUGUGCUUCGUCUUAUUUUCCUGUUUUCUCCUCGUAUUAAGGCAUCCUAGGGAAUUUGACGAUGUACAGAGGUGUGUAAGCACCCAGAGCUUCGAUUCGGACAGUCUGAGUCGAGAAAUUCUCUUCCAUGGGUCUGCAGAUGAUGUCAUCAACACCUGCAUCAAGAACUUGUAUUUUCCAUCUGCUUGGAAGCUCGUGCGCAUGCAUGAAAGACUUACAUGCAUGCAAGAAAGACUUACGACCCAUAUCAAUAUUACCAGUGCUUUCAAAGGUUUAUGAACAACUGAUUUUCCGUCAGCUGUCUGUUUUUAUUAAUAAGAACAAUGUUCUCAACAGUAACAUUUCUGCCUAUCGAAAGGGACAAUCGACUACUAAUGUACUUCAAGCUAUACGAGACGACAUAGUAAAAGCCAUGAAAUGUUCGGAGGUAACCAUGAUGAUCUUAGCCAACUUUUCUAAAGCCUUUGAUACGAUCUGUUUCAGAAAUCUUAGCACCAAGAUGAGUAAACUAGGUUUCCCUAGACACUUCCUGAUAUGGACACUCAAUUAUAUUGCGCAUCAUAAACAAUUUGUACAGAUCGAUGACACGUGCUCAAAGGUUAAAAACGUGAAUUUUGGGGUUCCGUAAGGCUCCAUCUUGGGUCCGGUGCUAUUCAAUAUUUAUGUUGCUAAUCUUCAGGAGAACGUAAAUGUCAAAUGCUUCCAGUAUGUGGAUGACACAACAAUCUACGAUCAUGCUAAAAUAUCUGACCUAAAUAACUGUAGAAACACUAUCUCCCAAUCAGUUAAUAAGUUAAGUGCCUGGUCUAAGCAGAGUACCCUCGCCUUUAACAAUGACAAAACCAAGGUUAUGAUCCUAUCCACCCUGCAAAUGUCCAGAGUACAUCACCUUGACGAGUAUGAUCCUAACAUCGUAGUGAGUGGUUAUAAACUAGAACGUAUUAAAUCUUGCAAACUGCUUGGAGUUCACAUCAAUGAGCAUCUUAAGUGGGACGAUCACAUCAAGGACACGGUAUCUGGAUGCUAUGCCACUCUAUCGAUACUAAGAAAAUUUAAAUACCUUGCCAAAUAUGAGCUUAGAUUGGAACAGAUCAUAUGAUGGUUGGAAAGUGCAGGAUUCCUGACAAAUCCUCAUCAUCUCUAGUAAUAACAAGAUUGAGUGUAUGACCAUUCCUUUGUGUGGCACCAUGAACAUGCUGAGCGAGAUUAAAUGCUUGAAGGAAACUGUUGAGGCGUCAACCAUUGGUAUCAUCAGAGUCAACAUGAAAGUCGAAGUCGCCAACCAUUAAGAGGUAGCCUGGAGCAGUUGUUAUAUGGCCAAGAUAAAGGGCUAGUUCAUCGAAAACCAGCAGAACAUUGGACAAGGGAGGACAAUACAAGACAACUAAAGGAGUAAAACAGUUUAUAGCUUUGAGCACUAGUUCAAGGUGUUCGAGUGAUAAGUCUCACGCGCUUGACUCACAACCUUUAAAUUAUUCUUUAGGACAACACCAACUCCUCCCCAGAAGAAUGUAAUCUAGGUGCAUGGUAAAAAACAUAUCCAUCAGGGCAGAUAUCACGAAUGUUGUACAAAUCUGAGUCGUUCCCACAAAGCCACGUCUUUGUAAGGGCGCAUAGGUCAAUAUCGUGGUUGGCAAUAAAAUUCUUUAUUAGUGACGACUUGUCACUGAUAGAUCGAGAGUUCAGAGGGGAAAAAACCAACGGAACAAAAGAGGGUGAAUUGAAGCUAGGUGGUUCCAAACGAAUAGUAAUUCAGUUGUUGGCACAGUAACCACCACAAUGGUGACAAAGUGGUUCAUGGUUCUGCAACAAAGAGGUGACACUUCAAAUAUUUAAUAAGAAACGAUAAUGGCUUCAAUUUAAACUAGUGGUGGGAAUCCUGAGACCAUUCCUCAUUGAUCUUGCUUUAGACAACCAUCCAGAACGAUUUCCAUGAUAUCUCAAAAUGUCCAUAGAUUUCAGUUUCAUCAGAAGCAUAGGUGUACAAGAGAGCUUGCCCAUACUAUGAAAGGAAAGAAGCUGAUUCCUGGAAUAUGAAAUACGAGACUGACAUUGCUGUUGCUGACAACAAAGUCCAGAGGACAAACAGGGACGAUGAGCAACCUGUGCGUUAG